UCCCCUUGCAAUGGUCUGUCCCAGGACCACAUGACGCACAUGUGUAGAGUGAGGGGACGUAUAUAUUGGACCAUGUGGAGUUGGACGUGGAGUUUUGGUCAGUUUGCCUAGUGGAUCUAGGGUAGGACACUCAGCCUCCGCUUCCUCCUCUUCCUCCUCUUCCUCCUCUUUCUCUCCGUGAAACCACAGGACUAUAAGCUCCCUGAGAACUUGCUCACCCCCAGAGACGUGACCCAAAUACAGCCCAAACAUGAGCGAUGUUCUGGACGAUGGCUCCUUCAUGUUCACAUCCGAGUCUGUGGGAGAAGGGCAUCCAGACAAAAUCUGUGACCAAAUCAGCGAUGCAGUCCUGGACGCUCACCUGAGGCAGGACCCAGACGCCAAAGUGGCCUGUGAGACGGUGUGUAAGACAGGCAUGGUGCUGCUCUGUGGAGAGAUCACAUCACGGGCGGUGGUGGACUAUCAGAAAGUUGUGAGGGACGCAAUCAAACACAUUGGCUAUGACAACUCAGAAAAAGGUUUUGACUAUAAGACGUGUAAUGUGUUGGUGGCUUUGGAGCAGCAGAGUCCGGAUAUCGCUCAGGGUGUGCACAUCGACAGACAGGAGGAGGACAUUGGAGCAGGAGACCAGGGCCUCAUGUUUGGCUACGCCACAGAUGAGACAGAGGAGUGCAUGCCCCUCACCAUCGUCCUCGCCCACAAACUCAACGAGAAGAUGGCUGACCUCCGAAGAGACGGGAUCAUCACAUGGCUCCGGCCAGACUCCAAAACACAGGUGACAGUGCAUUAUGACCAGAAGGACGGCGCAGUGAUCCCCAAGAGAGUCCACACCAUCGUGAUCUCUGUGCAGCACGACGACAACAUCUCACUGGAGGAGCAGAAGAGGGUGCUCAAGGAAAAGGUCAUUAAAGCUGUUGUGCCGGCUAAAUAUCUGGAUGAGAAGACCAUCUACCACCUGCAGCCCAGCGGUCGCUUUGUGAUCGGAGGACCUCAGGGUGAUGCUGGAGUGACAGGCAGAAAGAUCAUCGUGGACACUUAUGGAGGCUGGGGCGCUCACGGAGGAGGAGCGUUCUCUGGGAAAGACUUCUCUAAAGUGGACCGCUCCGCAGCCUACGCCGCUCGCUGGGUGGCCAAGUCCCUGGUCAAAGCUGGGCUGUGCCGGAGAGUCCUGGUGCAGGUGUCGUACGCCAUUGGAGUGGCAUACCCUCUCUCCAUCUCCAUCUUCACAUACGGCUCAUCAAAGAAGUCUGAAGCCGACCUGUUGCACAUCGUCAACAACAACUUCGACCUGAGGCCGGGCGUCAUCGUCAGGGAGCUGAACCUGAAGAGGCCCAUCUACCAGAAAACAGCAGCCUAUGGUCACUUUGGUCGGCCUGAGUUCAGCUGGGAAGUGCCCAAGAAACUCGUUUACUAAUACUACUCCUGCUCUACCCACGAGGAACAAGCUGCUGUCUGCCAGGGCACAGACACAGGCUCCCCAUGUGAAAUAAGAAAAUAUUCAUACAAAUGUGGCAGUAGACAUUGGACAUACAGACAUGACAGAUUAACAGAUCCAGAUAAUACAACCAGCCACUGAUUUGGGAGCAGAUUAAGUGUGUGUGUCAUGUUUGAAAUGGAGCUAAAUCCCCAAAACUAGUUUUCACCAAAGUCUUAAGUCUUUCCUGUGACUGGACAGAGGCGCCUGCACUUGGAGAGAGGGCAGAGGGCAGCGGCUCCUGUUACACUCGACAUGUAAUCUGCUCAUGCAUUUGCUGAGCAUUUCUUUGAGGGCUGAGACAAAACAACGUGCCUUUUAUCACCUUGACCGUUUCCUCCCGCUGGGACCUUUCUUUGUAUUAAUGUGUGAAUGAACUCUUUUGAUUGCAAUUUAAUUAUUGACUGUAGAUGCUCUGCAUUUUAAGGACAGUUUUUGGAUUUGCAGGGCUUAUGUCAUAUUUAUCUAUCAAAGUAUUUUUUCAUCAACACUAUGGGGGCAUUUCCUUAUCUGCUUCUGUGCCAAGACUCAUGUUUGUAUCAAGCUUUCACAUUUCCUUGUACACGGGUCCAAAGAAGAGCUAAAGUCUUAAGUAUGUCCGCUCUCAGCUGAACAAGUGUCUGUAGAACAAAGUAGAGGAUUGUGGUGAGCUCAGAGCUGAGGUGACAGACCCUGAGCUUCUGACAGUGUUAUGAAAGGGCCGUCACAGUGACAUGUGUGAGCAGCCUUCAGAGUCACUGGGAAAGUGGCCUGUGUAAAUAAUUGUCAACAAUAAAGAAAAGUCCAAGUGAA